AGUAUAUAUAUCAGUGAUUCAGAUAUUGUACUGUGCGGCUUUCAACCGCUUAUUACACUUUGUUUAUUACCUACAAUUUAUUGUUCCAUAAUAAAAUAAUCGUGUUUUCUAUAACUCAGACCGCAGUUAAACGUAAUUGUGUUGUAAAUGGAAGAAACUCGUCAAUUUAAUAUGAUGUGAACUAAAAGUUUUGCGGUCCAUAACAUGAAAAAUAGGUUAUUCCUGUAGAAUUGUAACAUUAUGUCUUUCAAAGGUGUUUACGUGGAUAAUAAACCGGGUGAAUACAAAACUGAUAACGAUAUUAAAAAAAUACAAUUACUGUGUUUUGAUUUGACAAACUACACUGUCAAGUCACAAUUACUUUUGUGCAGUUUAGGUGUAUUUGUGUUUUUUAUCUUGUAUGGAUAUCUGCAGGAAUUAAUAUUCACCUUGGAUGGGUUCAGACCCUAUGGCUGGUAUUUAACUUUAAUUCAAUUCGGUUAUUACACCGUUUUUGGACUAAUAGAAUGUCGUGUUAAGCAUAUUGUUCGAAAAAUAUCCAUUGGAACAUAUUUAUUGUUAGCCUUAUUGACCCUUGGCACAAUGGGAUUUUCAAAUUCUUCCCUGGGCUAUCUCAAUUAUCCUACUCAGGUGAUAUUUAAAUGCUGCAAAUUAAUUCCUGUAAUGGUUGGCAGUAUUUUAAUCCAAGGAAAAAAAUAUAGGUUGCUAGACUUUCUAGCAGCUAGCUUAAUGUGCAUAGGCCUAAUCCUUUUUACCCUUGCUGACAGCAUGAUUUCACCACGAUUUGACUUCAUUGGAGUGGUUAUGAUCAGUUGUGCAUUAUUGUGCGAUGCAAUCAUUGGAAAUGUACAAGAAAAAGCAAUGCGGCAGUACAAAGGGACUAACACAGAAGUUGUAUUAUACUCAUAUAGUAUUGGGUUCUUAUACUUGCUGUUGAUCCUUUUACUGACAGGUGAUUUUGUAAAAGGCGUAUCCUUUUGUGCCAAGGUAAUUUUUAAUAAAAUGCAUAUGCUUAUUACGUUUAAAACUUCUUAUGAGAAUUACUACAGACAAGAAUUUCAGCAUCCCGUGGAAGUGUAUGGAUAUGGUCUACUAUUUUCACUCUGUGGAUACCUUGGCAUUCAGAUUGUCCUAACUCUGGUCCAAUGCUGUGGUGCCUUCGUAGCCGCAACAGUAACAACUUGUCGAAAAGCCGUAUCCAUUAUUAUCAGUUUCAUGUUUUUCUAUAAACCAUUUUCAUUUCAGUAUCUUUGGUCGGGAUUACUAGUGAUUCUGGGAAUUUACCUAAACAUUUAUAGUAAACAAGGAAAUUCUAAGAGUGACCUGCGUGAAAUAUGGAUAAAACUGAAGAGAUGUUGGAGCAACCAGAAUCGUAUACAGAGACAGUUGAUGGCUAAUGUGUAAAAAAAAAUAUAAUUUGUAUUUGCUCUGUACGUACAAGCACAGCUAUACUUGGUCUGCACAUAUGAAAAUGGACGAAUAUUUUUUUUAUCUACGGUACUUUUAUUGCCUACCAUGAAUAUUCUUUGCACAUUUUGUUCUAUAUGUAUAUUCCCAUUCGUGCUUACAAGAUUAAUAUAUAUAUGUAUAGUAUUAAUACGUACAUAGUAAAUACAAUUAAAAGGAAGUGUAAUCUCAGAUUCUAUAUUGAUAUUAAAAAUCUUUUUUUGCAUA